AUGUGGGAGUUUCUGGCCGUGGUGCUGUGGAGACGCAGGCUCCUGCUGCGGCUCUCCGGCGCCAUCUCGGCCUCCUUCGCCCACGUGGCGAACUUGCUGCCCUUCGAAGACGUGGGACAGCGGAUCGCGCUCGCCAGCUGGGUCCACGCCCGCAACGUUGCAAGGACCCAGGGCCGCCAGGUCUCCCUCUACACGGUGGAGGUCGCCAACGAGCCUCGCGUCCGUCGGGAUGCGGCCUUCACGGCUUUGCCGGACCUCACCCGCACGGCGCGGCACGUCAUGGCCGUGGGCCACACGCAGAUCCCGAGCCUGCCGCUUCUCCGGGACAUCCUGGAGAGAGCGAUGGAUCUCACGGAGGACUUUAUCGUGCUCACCAUCGCCGACCUUGGCCUCACUGCAGACUUCUACGCUCAGGUGCAAGCUCUCCUCGAUGAGGUCGCGCCCGCGCAGUCCCUGAGCAUCCUCCGCGUCGGCAUCGGAAACUGGAGCCGCCACGUCCACCAGCGUCACUGGCACAAGGGUGGAAGGGUGUACCUGAAGCCGUUCUUCGACUUGGUUCGCCAGUUUCCGCAGAUCCAUCCCGGCAGCGACUGCUUCGUCUUCCCGCGCGCCGCACUCCCGCGGAUGCUCCCCAUGGUGGGCUAUGUCUUCUACGGCGUUCCGCCUUUCGGGAAAUGCAUGCUGAUGGCAAUGGGAGCAGCCACUGGUGGUGCGGUGAUGGAAGUUGCAAAGCAACAGCUCACCUUCCACCUCAACGCUGCUGAAAGGGAUCGCAAGCCGAACGGCCAGUUGCACUUCCAUUGGCAGGAGGAGACCUCGAUGAAGAAGGAGCUGCACUCCUUUAACAAGUACGUCGGCUUUGCCAUGGCGAGCUCUGCCCUUGAGAGUCACUUCGUCGACUUGGAGCAAUGCUUCAGGGAAGUCGGCAUCAUUACUGGCCUGGUGCUGGUGAUCAGCCGGAAGAGCACGGGAGUGAUCCCUUACGUUCUUGAUGUCGAUUUGAUCCAGAUGAAAAAUGCCAGCAGCGGUCGAAUUCGAAGCCGACAGCGGGUGUGGGGCCUCCCUCCAGCGCUGGAGAGGGGAGACUUCGGGCCAACGGUGGUGGUGGCCCGGCUCCAGAUGCCCUACGAGGCGGGCGACUGCCUCGGCUGGGCCUGGCGCUACGAUGUGACCGGCCUGAAUUUGGGCAGCGAGGAAGUGCAAGGAGGACCUGCCCCAACGCUGUACUUGCCGGUGAGUCGUGAAUAUGGAGUCACCAAUACGCUGACCUAUCCAUUGAGCCUGCGGCACCGACUGGCCGUUCGGGCGAUCGCGCAGGCCGGCAUCCCGCGCGUGGCCUUUGAGAGACGGAAAAGGGCACUGGCUCAAGACUGUUCGGCGCAUUCGGAAUUUGAUGCCAAGCUUUCCGGUUGA